UUUUAUUGACAGUUAUUUGUUUUCGGUAACGAUAAAGUUUAUAAAAGUGUGACCGACCAAAUUUGUUUCUUACGAAAACAGGUUGAACUAAAAAGCAUCGGUGCUACAGCACUGCAUACUUUUAUACGGUAGUGUUGAAACGAGUAUUCAAACGAUAUCUGUGAAAUUCUAAAAGCAAUCACUGAAAAAGUGGUUAGAAACAGCAACGAUGAGCGACGAUCAAGGAAACGAACUGUGUGAAACAGUUGAGUUAUCUUCAACUGAUAUUGAAAAAAUAGAAGAAGCAAAAUUAAGGGCAAAAUUUCCAAACACUGGACGUCCAUAUCAAAAAUAUUUUGAUUCUGGGGAUUAUCAAAUGGCAAAACAAAAAUAUACAGCUAAACCAAAGCCAGCUGGUGUUUUGCCAACAGGUGAUGCUAUACCUACACCUGAAACUGUACCACAACGAAAAACAUCUAUCAUUCAACAAAAAUUUAACACAACAAGUACUUCAUAA